AGUGACCGUUUUGUGAUUGCAGUUGUAUAAGUAGUCGGUGUGUUUGUACGGACACGGUUUUUGUUUGUUUACUUUCUUAUUAAUAUUGUAUUUUUGGCAUUAAAAUGUUUGCAGCCAGAGGAGUGUUGCGGCUCGCACAGAGGUUGGCCGGUGUUGGUGUGUCGCGGCGGGGAUGUGCCGGUGCUGUUCCUGUGGACGAUGUUGUAAACGGACUUACAGAUGAACAGAUUCAGCUCAGACAGACGGUUCAGCGGUUCUGUCAGGAAAAGCUGGCUCCCUAUGCUGAUGAAAUAGACAAGGCAAAUGAGUUUCCACGGAUGAGAGACUUUUGGAAAGAGGCAGGUGAACUUGGAUUGCUUGGGAUCACAGCUCCAGUGGAGUUGGGUGGCACAGGAUUGGGCUACCUUGAUCAUGUCAUUGUGAUGGAGGAGAUAUCACGGGUGUCAGCGGCUGUAGCGCUCAGCUAUGGCGCACAUUCCAACCUCUGUGUCAAUCAGCUUGUGCGCCAUGGCAACCAGAAACAAAAAGAGAAGUACCUCCCGAAGUUAAUUACAGGAGAACACGUAGGCGCCCUGGCCAUGAGUGAACCCAACGCUGGCUCUGAUGUAGUAUCCAUGAAACUGACAGCAAGGAAAGAGGGUGACCACUAUGUGUUGAACGGUAAUAAAUUCUGGAUUACGAAUGGACCUGAUGCAGAGGUUCUCAUCGUGUAUGCGAAGACCGAUGUAGGUGCAGCUGCACGUGGAAUCUCUGCGUUUAUUGUAGAAAAGGGAAUGCCUGGUUUCAGUACGGCACAGAAGCUGGAUAAACUGGGAAUGAGAGGCUCCAACACGUGCGAGCUCAUCUUUGAAGACUGCAAGGUUCCAGAGAAGAACAUGUUGGGACCGUUGAACAAAGGAGUGUACGUACUGAUGAGUGGACUUGACCUGGAGAGGCUUGUGCUCUCAGCUGGGCCUAUUGGCAUUAUGCAAGCUGUCCUCGACCAUGCUGUUCCUUAUCUGCAUGUCCGAGAAGCCUUUGGGCAGAAGAUUGGCCACUUUCAGCUGAUGCAAGGAAAAAUGGCUGACAUGUACACCCGACUUAAUUCGUGUCGGCAGUACGUGUAUAACGUGGCCCGUGCGUGUGACAAAGGCCACUUCAAUGCCAUGGACUGUGCUGGGGUAAUCCUUUAUUGUGCUGAGAACGCGACUCAGGUUGCUUUGGACGGGAUUCAAUGCCUUGGUGGAAACGGUUACAUUAAUGACUACCCAAUGGGCCGCUUCCUGCGAGACGCUAAGCUCUAUGAGAUUGGUGCGGGCACCAGUGAGGUCCGAAGGAUGGUUAUUGGCAGGGCCUUCAAUGCCAUGUUCAAAUAAGACUCCAACCGAACAGAAAGUUAUCACCAGGGAUAUGCUUGAUGCCUUUCAAUGGUUUCUGUUCUAUUACAAUAUGCACAGAUUAAGCAAGGAGAUAAACUUGUGAGAUGAAUGCUUUAGAUGGUACUGGACAAGAAAACAGAAAUGAAGACUGAUCUGCAUGUACAUUUAAUUCCAGUAGGAGAAACAUGGUGAGCAGUUAAUGAUCUGUCUUCACAUAGUACGUGUUACAAACCUGGUAAAGUUGCUGGACCUUCUAAAUGAACAUUACUGAGAAACUGUAGUCUAUAAAACAGACCGAUCACACUCACACUAAAAUGUUUGUUCGUGUAAUUUAGACAAAAAUAGAGAGAAGUGUUUUUUGGGUCUGGACACUGUUUCUAUAAUGUAUAAGGAGCUAUGUAUAAAAAAAAUGGAUUCAGUGAUUUAUUUUUCAGUAUAAUCAUCAGUUGCAAAGUAUUUUGUAUGUCAUAGUGUCUUUUAAUAAGAGCCUUAAUUAAAGACUGUUGGAUAUCUUAUUUUAAGCCAUAUCAGCAACUAUUUUAUGGCAUGUUUGGGUUUUGCUCAUUGAAAUGUCUUCUCCGAGUGUGAUAUAUAAGUUUGGUUUUUUUUGUUUUGUUUUUUAAACAAAUAUGAAAUAUCAUUUUUCUUUCUAGUCUUGUCUUCCUUUUUAUGUAAUAGUAUCUGUUCAUCCUUUUUUUUUAAAUGGUAACUUUCCACAUUUCCAAACAGUAUGAAUGAUAAUCCCCCCCCGCGUGUGCUUGCUCUCAGAACAGCCCGAGUUCUUUAUGGCAUGGAACUGUGUUGCCACCAAGUUGUUGGAAAUGUUCCUCUAAGCUUCUGGUCCAUGUUGACAUGAUUGCAUCACACAAUUAUUGGAGAUUUGUCAGCUGCACAUUCAUCCUGUUCUACCAUGUCCCAAAGGUGCUCUAUUGGAAUCAGAUCUGAUGCCUGAGGCGGCUAUUGAAGUACACUGAGCUCAUUGUCAUGGAACCAUUUUGAGACAAAUUGCGGCCAUUAUCAUACUGGAAGUAGCAUUUAUAAAAAUGGCCAAAUUUGUGGCCAUAAAGGGAUGCAUGUGGUCAGCAACAAUACUCAGCUAUUCAAGCGAUGCUUGAUUGGUAUUAAUAAGCUGAAUAUUUUCCAAGAAAACAUUUUCCCACACCAUUACACCACCAGUAGCCUAACCUGUUGAUAGUGUUGGUUGAAUUUAUUCUAAUGAUGCCAAAUUCUGGCAUAUUGCAGGAGAAAUCAAGAUUCAUCAGACCUGGCAACAUUUUUUUCAAUAUUCAAUUUGUUUGGUUAGCCUGAACCCCUUGUUUCCUGUUCUUUUCUGACAGGAAUGGACCCUGAUGUGUUUGUGGUUUUUUUUUUUUUUUAUUUGUGUGUGGUUUUAUAGCCCAUUCACCUCGAACUUCAAUGCAUUGUUCAUAUAGAGAUUCUUUUUUGCUCACCACGGUUGUAAAGAGUGGUUAUUUGAGUUACCAUAGUCAUCCUGUCAGUUCAUAUUAGCCCGGCCGUCUCCUAUGACUUCUCCUUUCAACAAGAACUGCCAUGGAUGUUUUAGGUUUCUCGCACAACUCUAGAAACUGUUGUGUGAAAACCUCAGGAGAUCAGCUGUUUCGGAAGUAAUCAAACCAUCCUGUCUGGCACCAAUAACCAUGUGACUGAGAUCACACUAUUUUCCUAUUUUGAUGUGAACGUUAACCUGAAGCUCUUGACCUGUAUCUGCCUUGCGCUGCUACCACACGAUUGGUUGAUGGCAGUGGGCUUGGAAAGUAUUCACACCCUUUGUUUUUGCACAUUUUAUUGUUAUAGAUUUAAUUUAAAAUGGAUUCAAUGUAUUUUUUUGUGUUUAUUUUACCAAUCUACUAAGCUUCUGUAAUUUACUGAAUGAAGGGUCUGAAUGCUUAUCUAUAUGAUAUGCUAUUGGUUUUUAAUCAGUAAUAAAUAAGGUGCUUUGUCAUUAUGGAUUUUUUUUGUGUGUAGAAUGAUUUAGU